AUGGAGCCGCAGCCCACCGACACUCAGGGCGUGCAGCCUCCUCCCACUCUUACAAACCCUCGAUUUACUCUGGAACUCGAGUUUGUGUCCUCCCUCGCCAAUCCCUAUUACUUGUCCCACCUUGCAGUCAGCUAUCCGAGCCUCCUUGGAAUCUCCCGCGCCGAUGAUGACGACGAAUCCUCCUCUGCUACCGAUGCAGAGGCAUUCACCGCAUACCUCGCUUAUCUCUACUCCUACUGGAAAACCUCGGAAUACUCGCAGUUCCUGACUCACCCUGGUCCGACUCUGCGCGCGCUUCGUUUGCUUCAGGAGGACAAGUUCCGCCGUGAGAUCAUCUUGCCUCAGGUUAUCGAAGGACUUGCAGGUCUGGGCGUGCUCAAUGACCCCUCGGUAGCUGCAGCUGCAGCUACAGCUACCGAUGGUAAUGCUGCAGACCAAAUUGCCGAACCGCAAGAGGACCAAAAUGGUACAAAGACAUGA